CGGUUUCAGAAAUAAGAUUUACUACUUGAAUUUCUCUCUAUCCAUUGAUGCUCAAGUGUGAUCAAAGGCGACCCUUCUUUUGUCCUAAGAUUUCUUUUUCUUGAUUUGAUUGCUUUCAGUUCAUUGUGCACGUCUUUAUGCAUGAUGAGAAUCAGCACGUAUCAAUUCCUUAUCAGAGUGUUGUUGCCUUUUUGUUUGGUUCUUACUUCGUUAGAAUUUGAUCCUGAGGAUAAGUAUUUAAUUGACUGUGGAUCACUUGAUGAUACAUCUGUUGGUGAUCGGGUUUUCUUGGCUGAUAGCUUGAAUUCCAGUACUCUUUCAACCCCAGAAAAGAUAUUCCUCAAUGCAAGUUCAAAUUCUAUUCCAUCCACCUAUGGUAAAGCUUUGUAUCAGACCGCAAGAAUUUAUAAUGGAACCUCCCGCUACUCAUUUACAAUGAAGAAAAAAGGGAGGCACUGGAUUCGUCUCUAUUUCUUUCCCUUUGUUAAUCAGUAUCUCAAUCUGAGCACUUCUAAAUUCUCUGUUUCCGCUCAAAAUUUCACUCUUUUGAAGGAUUUCCAGCCAUCAGGUGCCCCUACAGUUAAAGAAUACUCACUGAACAUGACUGACGACAUUCUGGUCUUAACCUUUACUCCUUCGACCAAUUCUUUUGCUUUUCUCAAUGCUUUAGAAGUAAUUUCACUCCCUAAUGAGCUGAUCCCUUCUGGUGCUAAAACUGUUGAUUCAAAUGGAGAGAACCGAAAUCUAGAGAGACAAGCUCUGGAGACGGUGGCCCGGAUAAAUAUGGGUAAUGAAACAGUGCCUCCUCAAAAUGAUACCUUGUGGAGACUUUGGACAUCUGAUUCUACAUAUUUGGCAAGUUCUGCUCUUGUUGUGUUUGUAUCGAAUAUUGGAUUUGUCAAUUACUCAAGCGGAAGAGUUAGUGAGAAUAUUGGUCCCUUUUCAGUCUAUGGCACUGCCACGAAACUGAAUACUGUCUCAGAUGAAGGUUACAUGAUCAACGCAACCUGGCUGUUCCAUGUAGAUCAUGGUUUUGAUUACUUUGUCCGUUUCCAUUUCUGUAAUAUAUUGAAUCCUGUUCCUGAUAAUUUAUACUUCAAUGUUUUCCUGAAUUAUGAGUUUGCUGCUAAAGAUCUUAAUCUGAGCACUUCUGGUGUCCCUUACUACAUGGAUGUUGUAACAAGGGCAGAUAGUGUUGAUCAGCUGAGCGUGAGCAUUGGUCCAUCAAGUGUGCUUAAUACAUUGCCAAAUGGGAUUCUUAAUGGUCUGGAAAUCAUGAAAGUAAGCAAUUCUAAGGACAGUCUUGAUGCUUCAGAUGCUGAAAGUCAGUUCAAGACGACCACUUCCAAGUCAAAAGUGUGGGUGUAUGUCGGUUCUGCUCUAGGGUCGUCAGUUAUUGUGAUCGUCCUGGUUUUGGUUUUUGCUCUUCUUUGUAGAAGGAGAAGGCGCAAGCACAUGGUUCACUCGACAUUGGACCAGUAUGCUAUGACAGGAGUGAGUACAGAGGAGAAGGAACAUUCCAUUGAAUCCUCUAUCAUUUCACAAUCAAAGAGAGGCUACCGCUUCCCCUUUGCUGCAGUUCAGGUAGCAACAGACAACUUCAGUGAAAGUCAACUUAUUGGUGUUGGGGGAUUCGGAAAAGUUUACAAGGGAGCUUUGAGCGAUGGCACAAAGGUGGCCGUUAAGAGAGGAUUUCCUCAGUCCAGACAAGGUGUUGCAGAAUUCAAGACAGAAAUUGAGAUGUUGUCCCAAUUUCGUCACCGCCACCUUGUUUCACUGAUUGGAUAUUGUGAUGAAAGAAACGAGAUGAUCAUAAUUUACGAGUACAUGGAGAAUGGAACCCUCAAGGAUCAUUUGUACGGAUCAGACCAACCAAAACUAAAUUGGAGACACAGGCUUCAGAUUUGCAUCGGGUCGGCUAGAGGACUUCACUAUCUGCAUACUGGAUCCAAUAAGGCAAUCAUUCACCGUGAUGUCAAGUCUGCAAACAUCCUUCUUGAUGAGAACCUAAUGGCAAAAGUUGCUGAUUUUGGAAUAUCCAAAACUGGACCUGAGUUUGACCAGACUCACGUUAGUACAGCCGUAAAAGGAAGUUUUGGUUAUCUUGAUCCCGAGUACUUGACCACACAACAAUUGACUGACAAAUCAGACGUCUACUCUUUUGGAGUUGUAAUGAUUGAAAUUCUCUGUGGAAGGCCUGUUAUUGAUCCAUCACAACCAAGGGAGAGGGUAAACUUGGUGGAAUGGGCAAUCAAGUGUUUCAGCAUGGGAGGGAUGGAAAAACUUGUAGAUCCUCAUAUUGAAGGCCAAGCGAAACCUGAAUCUUUAAUGAAGUUUAAGGAGACAGCUCUAAAAUGCUUGGCAGAUCUUGGUGCUAACAGACCUCCAAUAGGAGAUGUGCUAUGGAAUUUGGAAGCUGCCCUUCAACUUCAAGGAAGUGAUCAAAGGGAGGGCAAUGAGCAAUCAACUAAUCUCUAUUCAGAGACUAGAGUCUCUACAGCACAAUUUAGCAUGGGAAGUGUAGAUGAUCUUGCCGGGGUAUCAAUGGGGAGGGUGUUCUCCCAAAUGGUCAGAGCUGAAAAUGCUGUAGAUCAAAGCCAGAAAGAUACUAAUAUAUGAUCAUUAAAAAUGGGAAGCCUAAAACUCUAAUAUUCUUGCUUGAGGUAUUGCGUAGGACUGUGUACAAAGAAAGAGAUCGCCAUGAUCUUUAUUUAGCUUAUUCAAAAACCAUGUCAAUGGAGUGUCGCAGGUUUAUUACAGCUUAAUAGUGGAGUUUUUGUCUGAUUAUUCUAGAAGCUAGGUUGGCCUUUCCAACCAUUUGUAAGCUUGUUUGCGAUUUAUUACAACAAAUCAUUGCCUGCGAGAAUAAAAGCUUAGCCAAGCCCA